CUGCCUCGGAGGAUACAGUAAUAGGGGUUUUGGGCCAGUCGGUGACUUUGCCUUGUCAGCACUCAUCCUGGUCCGGGAGCCGCAACAGCAUGUGCUGGGGCAAAGGUGCAUGUCCCAAUUCCAAGUGCAACCAGCAGCUUCUCCACACAGAUGGAACAAAAGUCAUCUCCAGGAAGUCGUUCAGAUACGCACUUAGGGGGAGUAUCUGGCAGGGCGAUGUGUCCUUGACCAUCUUAAACACCAAUCAAGAGGACAGUGGGGUGUACUGCUGCCGUAUAGAGGUGCCUGGCUGGUUCAAUGAUGUCAAGAAGACUGUGCGCCUGGAGCUGAGGAGAGCCACAACAACCCCCAAACCAACAACCACCACAAGACCAACAACCACCACUCGACCAACCACCACUCCUUACUGGACCACCACAGAAGAGCUUCCAACAACAGUCAUGACCACACCUGACCUCACAACUGCAACACCACCCCAACCACUGGCCACCAUUGUCCUCACUACAGCAGUAACCACAUGCCCCUCAACAACACCCAGCUCCUUCUCACAGGAAACUCCAAGAUUUUCAACCACUGAGAUCUUCACCAAGGGGUCUGCCAUCACUGCAGAAUCAGAAACUCUUUCUUCAUCCAAGCACUCUCAAAGAAGCAUGGUGACUACAUCUGCAGACAGAGCCUUACUCAUACCCACAGGGUCCCAAGCUUGGGUUCUUUCACAGCGGAUGACACAGAAAACGGCAUUAGCCACAAGGGAACCUCAGGAGAGAAAGGUUGCAUCCAACCAGAGCAACAGACAGACCAACAUCUUGAUCAUUGCUUGCUGCGUGGGGUUUGUGCUGAUGGUGUCAAUAUUUCUGGCAUUUCUCCUUCGAGGGAGAGUCACAGCAGCCAAUUGUUUGAAGAGACACAAGAGGCCAGACAACAUUGAAGAUCGUAAAAGUGUCCUCAAUGACAUGUCACAUGCACAGGAUGAUGAGGACGGAAUCUUUACUCUCUAACUUGUCACCUUUUCUUAGAAGCAUGGGGGAUGAAGUCUGAAUUAUGCAAUUAUAAGUUUGGGGACAUUGCAAUUUUCUUUUAAGGUCUCACUUUUUUUUCACUGAUGCUACGGAUCCGGUCUCAUUUUUUCUUCCCGCAUGAAGGUGCUUCGGAGACACUUCCUCCUGCCUAGUGCUUUAGUCCUCUGUAGUUUUGUGGCCAGGUGAUCUUUCUCCACUGGGCUUGUUGCUGUCAGUGACAGUGAACUCAUUGCCACAGCCGUGGGAGUCCCUUCAAUCUCUCAACAGUAGGGGGAGCUAGAAAUACCCAAAGCAAAAAAUCCUUCUGCAAAUAGCAUAGCCUCUUGGUGGUAGCUGACCUCCAUCAACACAGUGCUCAUUUAAUCUGUCUGGCUUCUUCCAGGUAUCAAGUUACCUUUCUUCUGAGACACAAGUUCUGGUCCAUUUCCUACCUCAUGUGCCUGUGUCUCCCU